GUGUCGUCCGUCAUGGCGGGGCAUACGAAGCGGAUCACGACGAAUGUGAUCAUGCUCUGCACGUAUUGCAUAGGCAACGCCGCAGGCCAAGUACAAGGUCCAAACCACGUCCCGUGGAUCGUGAUCGGGAUAUGCUACGUGAUCUGCCCCUUGCUCCUCCUCGCUCUCCGCGUCCUGCUCAAGAGGGACAAUGAACGCCGAAACGUGGAGCCGCCAGACACGACGUAA